AUAUGUUUGGACAGUUAUCUGUGUCGUUGUAGAGUAUGGUAACUUUAACUAGUGAGUGGUGGAAUCCCAAUGAAAAUGCGAAGGGUUGGCCGGAGAAUUAAGAAAGUGAUGCAUGCCGUUUCUGUCUUGUAAACUGGCAGGGUACAAAAAACGGAAAAAAGACAUCAAUUCCUCAAAUAUAUGUGUGUUGUUACCGUUUCUAGUUCUUGGCAGUUGCAAAAGGUGGUUCAGGCCUGGGUUUUCACUUCUGGAGAUUCACAGCGCGUAUAGUGUGAAUCACAUUAGUAACCUGAAUGGUGCGACAUUUGGUUGACAAGCGUAAUACAGUUAAUCCCAAAUAAAAUGUACACCCCUGCUAAAUAAAUGUCGCGAUUGCCCACUAUUAGUUCUUCCAGCAAAAUAAUAAAUGUCGCCCGCUUUCAAUAUUUUCAGACCUUCAUGUUGAGAAAAAUUACCUUCAAUUUGAAAAAUUUGGCGUACAGAGUUGGAAUUUUUGGUGUUUUGUAUAUUGACUAUAUAGAAGAAAGUUGAAGAUAAAUUGCGUAAUUAGAAUAAUAAACUUGCCGAAACUUGAAUUUUUUUUUGUCUUUUAAUAUUUAUAUUUUGGCGAAACUAAAGGAGAAUAUUGGCGCAUGCAGC